AAACAAGUUUUGAAUAAGUUCUCUUCUUCUGUAACAAGGAUUUCUACAGAAAUGGACCGAUAACGACCUGCUGUUCCAGAGGACUCCCCAUUCUUCUGUGUAGGGCUUCUGGAGCUCGAUGAUAUCAAAGAAGGGAGGAAGGAACUUCCAGCUGCAGCUGUGAAGAAGUAUGGACAUCAAAUGGGGGAUCAUAUAUUCCUCAAAGUUCCAAACUGGGAAGAACCUCGGAAAGUAAAGUUGAGUACGUCACCAUGUGGUAACCAUAUGUGGUUAGAGGAGGGGUGGAAAGCAUUUACUCAGUUUUACUUGCUUGAAGAAGGUGAGCUCUUGGUGUUCAACUAUGAUGGCGAACAUUCUCAUUUCCGAGUACGCAUCAUAGGUUGGGAUGAUAUGGAAAUCCACUACCCUAGUCCUGGAAAAUGAAGCUAGAGUCAUUGCCAUUUCAUCUGGAUCCUCUGGUGAUGAACAUGAGAUUGAAGCUAGAGCAAAAUAAGUAACAAGCUUUCAGUCGAAACCUCUGGUAAUGCUACUAAUGAAAAAUUAUAAGUGCUUUUGGUUGAGUUUGAGUGCAAUCUUCAUGUAUGUGUAUAUAUUCCUCUGCCUUGGAGAAUUAGCUUCAUCGACCGAAACUG